AUGUUUUUCUCUGCUUUCUUGUUGGCUGCUCCAGCCUCGGCUUUGACAUUACCCUCGUUUCUACAGACUCAAGGCCAAUCACAGUCACCACUUAGGCCACUUGAGCAUUCGCAAAACUACAAGUUCGACCCGCUGCUGCAUCUUCCUGGCAUAUCACCCUACUUCGAUGCUAUAGCAGGUUUCGGUCUCGAGCACACACCACCGGUAGGCUGCCAUGUCACAGCAGCAAGCUACAUUAUUCGCCAUGGCGCUAUCUAUUCGAAUGAUGACGAGUACGAAGAGUACAUCAGUCCUUUCCUUUGGAAACUGGAGAAGCACAGACAGGGGUGGUCAGGACCGCUGGCUUUUAUGAGCAAAUGGCAAUCACCAAUCUUGGAGGACAAAUUGGAAGAUUUGACCCCAUCAGGAGCGGUAGACGCAAAGCAUGUUGGAAAACAUCUAUUGCAGCGGUAUCCAAAUCUCGUCCCAGAAACAAGGAGAAUAUUGGCGGACAAGAAGAGUAGGACGUUUGACACUGCCGAAAACUUCAUCAAGGCUUUCCCUCAAGAGAAUGACAUUGAGAUUGUGCGCAUCACGGAGAACAAGAAUGGCUCUAUGGAGUACCUCAUUCCACACAAGUCCUGCAAGAACUUUUCCAAGAAGCCGGGCAAAAAGGAGCAGGAAAAGGUUAUUGAGCUGUACGGCAAGAGCGUUGCGAAGAGACUUUCGCCGUACGUACCCUUCAAGCUGGAGCCCAAGGACAUUGUAGGCUUUCAAAUGCUUUGCGGCUACGAAUCUGCCAUCAAAGGCGAGCGCAGCCCCAUUUGUGAGCAAUUCACAGACUCGGAAUGGAUGGCGUACGAGUAUGCCUGGGACCUGAAGUAUGCUCACAUGGUCGGCCCUCUCAAUCCACUGUCGCCUUACCUCGGUUUUCCCUGGCUGCAAGCGCAAUCCGAACUCUUUGCACAUAUUGAGAAACACGGCACGCCUGGUGACGGCUGGCCCGAUAAGCAACGUUUCUUUCUCGGUUUUACCCACCGUGAAGUACCCCCUUUUAUUGCAACAGCCCUGGGACUUUUCAACAGCUCAUCCAAUGCGGCUGAACAGUUUCCUACUGAUCACAUUAAUUGGACGCGUGCAUGGAAAAUGAGCGAUUUGAUUCCCUUCCUUGGGCACGUGGGCAUGGAGAAGAUGACAUGCGAUAGAGGAGCUGAACACGGUGACGGUCCAGGUAUCUACGUCAGGUUCAUUGCCAACACGGCCCCACGCCCAAUUCCUGCAUGCCAGGACGGACCUGGUGCAAGCUGUGAGUUUGAACAGUUCCGCAAACUUAUUGGUGAGGGAGCAAAGGCACACGAGGACUUUCACAAAGUGUGUGAUAAGAAGAAGUGCAAGGAUACUGGAUGUGUUGAUGCGGAAUAUUGA